UGAAACACAGACUGGGAGCGGGCGGGAGCGGGAGCGCGGCGCACGCCCCGGGCCGGCCCAGCCAGCGAGCGAGCGAGCGGCGAGCCGGGAGGAGGAGGGUGGCGGGGCGGUGAGGCCGCAGAGGCGGAGGGAUCUGCGCAUCAAAGCUAGCGAGGCGAGCGAAGUUUGGCCGGGGGUUGGACUUUCCUUCCCGGAGGCGGCACCCAAACAGCUACCCCGUGCGGAAACCCAAACUUCUGCUGCCACUUGGAGUCUCGCGGCCGCCGCCUCCGCCCCGCGUUCGGGGCCUUCCCGACCCGGCACUGCUGCCGUCCGCCCGCCCGGCCGCACUUCUCUUCGCCGUGGGAGCCGCUCCGGGCGCAGGGCCGCGCGCCGAGCCCCGCAGGCUGCAGCGCCGCGGCCCGGCCCGGCGCCCCGGCAACUUCGCCGAGAGUUGAGGCGAAGUUUGGGCGACCGUUGCAGGCCCCGGCCCAGCUCCCCUCUGCGCCCCCGGCGUGCCGUCGAGCCCAGCCCCGCCGGGGGCGCUCCUCGCCGCCCGCGCGCCCUCCCAGCCAUGUCGUCCAUCCUGCCUUUCACUCCCCCGAUCGUGAAGCGCCUGCUGGGCUGGAAGAAGGGCGAGCAGAACGGGCAGGAGGAGAAAUGGUGCGAGAAGGCGGUCAAGAGCCUAGUCAAGAAACUCAAGAAGACGGGGCAGCUGGACGAGCUGGAGAAGGCUAUCACCACGCAGAACGUCAACACCAAGUGCAUCACCAUCCCCAGGUCCCUGGAUGGCCGGUUGCAGGUGUCCCAUCGGAAGGGGCUCCCUCAUGUCAUCUACUGCCGCCUGUGGCGAUGGCCGGACCUGCACAGCCACCACGAGCUGCGGGCCAUGGAGCUGUGUGAGUUUGCCUUCAAUAUGAAGAAGGACGAGGUCUGCGUGAAUCCCUACCACUACCAGAGAGUAGAGACACCAGUUCUACCUCCUGUGUUGGUGCCACGCCACACAGAGAUCCCGGCCGAGUUCCCCCCACUGGACGACUACAGCCAUUCCAUCCCCGAAAACACUAACUUCCCCGCAGGCAUCGAGCCCCAGAGCAAUAUUCCAGAGACCCCACCCCCUGGCUACCUGAGUGAAGAUGGAGAAACCAGUGACCACCGGAUGAACCACAGCAUGGACGCAGGUUCUCCAAACCUAUCCCCGAAUCCGAUGUCCCCAGCACAUAAUAACUUGGACCUGCAGCCAGUUACUUACUGCGAGCCGGCCUUCUGGUGCUCCAUCUCCUACUACGAGCUGAACCAGCGCGUCGGGGAGACAUUCCACGCCUCGCAGCCAUCCAUGACUGUGGAUGGCUUCACCGACCCCUCCAAUUCAGAGCGCUUCUGCCUAGGGCUGCUCUCCAAUGUCAACAGGAAUGCAGCAGUGGAGCUGACGCGGAGACACAUCGGAAGAGGCGUGCGGCUCUACUACAUCGGAGGGGAGGUCUUCGCAGAGUGCCUCAGUGACAGCGCUAUUUUUGUCCAGUCUCCCAACUGUAACCAGCGCUAUGGCUGGCACCCGGCCACCGUCUGCAAGAUCCCACCAGGAAAGGCCCCCCUCUCCACACCAUCUCCCUAUCCUCGGAAGCCCACUUUGCAGACUUCUCCCUGCUCUGGGAGUCGGAGCUUGUGGGCCAGCCUUCCAUCUCCCCUUGCAGGAUGCAACCUGAAGAUCUUCAACAACCAGGAGUUCGCUGCCCUCCUGGCCCAGUCCGUCAACCAGGGCUUUGAGGCUGUCUACCAGUUGACCCGAAUGUGCACCAUCCGCAUGAGCUUCGUCAAAGGCUGGGGAGCGGAGUACAGGAGACAGACUGUGACCAGUACCCCCUGCUGGAUCGAGCUGCACCUGAAUGGGCCUUUGCAGUGGCUUGACAAGGUCCUCACCCAGAUGGGCUCCCCAAGCAUCCGCUGUUCCAGUGUGUCUUAGAGACAUUAAGUGUGGUAGGGGAGGGCGGGCUUGGGGAAAAUGGCCAUGCAGGAGGUGGAGAAAAUUGGAACUCUACUCAACCCAUUGUUGUCAAGGAAGAAGAAAUCUUUCUCCUUCAACUGAAGGGGUGCACUCACCUGUUUUCUGAAACACACGAGCAAACCCAGAGGUGGAUGUUAUGAACAGCUGUGUCUGCCAAACACAUUUACCCUUUGGCCCCACUUUGAAGGGCAAGAAAUGGCGUCUGCUCUGGUGGCUUAAGUGAGCAGAACAGGUAGUAUUACACCACCGGCCCCCUCCCCCCAGACUCCUUUUUUGAGUGACAGCUUUCUUCACAGUCCAACCAGAAACACCCCUCUGUCUAGGACUGCAGUGUGGGGUUCACUUUGGAAGCGCGUUCUAGGUAGGAAGAGCCCACAGGGCCAUGCAGACCUCAUGCCCAGCUCUCCGAUGCUUGUGACAGUGCCUCUUCCAGUGAACAUUCCCAGCCCAGCCCCACCACUCCAGCAGACCUUGCCCCUCGUGAGCUGGAUAGACUUGGGAUGGGGAGGGAGGGAGUUUGUCUGUCUCUCUCCCCUCUCAGAACAUACUGAUUGGAAGGUGCAUGUUCAGCAGAACCUGCACACAGGACAGCGGGAAAAAUUGAUGAGCGCCACUUCUUUAAAAACUCACUUACGUUUGUCCUUUUUCACUUUGAAAAGUUGGAAGGAUCUGCUGAGGCCCAGUGCGUAUGCAAUGUAUAGUGUCUAUUAUCACCUUAAUCUCAAAGAGAUUCGAAUGAUGGUAAGUGUUCUCAUGAAGCAGGAGGCCCUUGUCGUGGGAUGGCAUUUGGUCUCAGGCAGCACCACACUGGGUGUGUCUCCAGUCAUCUGUAAGAGCUUGCUCCAGAUUCUGAUGCAUACGGCUAUAUUGGUUUAUGUAGUCAGUUGCAUUCAUUAAAUCAACUUUAUCAUAUGCUCUUUUAAA